CUGGACGUCCAGAUGCUGCUUUCACUGUCAGAGUGUCUGCAGGUGGACGACAGAAGAGGAGGCCAAGAGACAACAACAUGGUCCCACUGAGGCUGGUCGCCUUCGGCUUGCUGGCUGCAGCUUGGUACUUCACUCGUGCGGCUGAGGGAGAGGUCAUCUACGCCUGCUUCAAUGAAACUGCUGAGAUGUCAUGUGAUGCUGGCGCGAAGAUAAAGCUGGAUCACAUCCUGUAUAAAGUUGGGGUGGGGACGAGGUGCGGGGAGGGAAAACGCUACCCAGACGACGGACCGGACAACUACUGCUCCUUCCCCUGGGCUGAGAUGGUGGUGGAGGAUCUCUGUGGGAACAAGAGGUCCUGUCAGGUCCCCGUCACUGAGCUGGUGUUUGGUGAAUACCCCUGUAAGGAGCAGACCAGGUACCUGGAGGUGUCCUACACCUGCGCCACACCUCCUCCUCCUCCUCCUCCUCCUCCUCCUCCAGCUCCAAUCAAACCUGACUGUAAGGACACAUCAACCGAUGAAGCCUGAUGCUUUUAAAACUGUCUCGCUCAUCACUGUGGACAAGAACAGUACGAGAGGACGCCGCCUUCAUUUCUAACAUGUGACUGAGUUUAAACGUCGUGCUGUGACGUCACAUCUGUUCUUUGAUAUUUGACAUCUGAACAUAAAGUUUGUGAAGAGGAGGCUGAAGUGUCUGUAAAACAUGUCUGAGCUUAUUUUCUCCAAUAAAAUCAAAGUUUUUCUCUGACAUCA